AUGUCUGCCACCCUGCUGCUCUCGAUGAACUCUCUGUGCCAAAUGCCUGACACUGCUUGCUCAGAAGACCUGGACAUGCUGGAUGUUGGGGCCAAGGUGGUGUGUGAGACUGAGCCAACACAUGCUAGUCCAGACAGAGAGAGGGGCUUACAUGCAGAGGCCAGACUGGUCCACCUCACAUCGGACUGGGCCUUCCAGCUGGUCGAUGACUCACUGGACUUUCCCAGGGCUGACAGCUUCUGCAGAGGCAUGUUCAGCUCCCUCAUCACCCUGGACCAGCCAGAGGACCAGGAGGGAGCCUUGGAGCUGCUCCGGCAGGCUGGUGUCCACUCACCCAUCUGGGUCAGGGAUCCCAGCAGAGCAGUCUCCAAGCCCCUAGCCUUCGCAAAGCAAUAUUUACCCUUCUCAGCUCUGAACUUCCCAAGGGAAUCCCGUGAGGGCUUUGCUCGUGUCAACAUGUCCUUCCCUGCCCUGUCGGCCGUGAGUGUGUGUAUUCGUGUUCAGUGGGACCCAGAGUGGGACGAGGUGUCCACCAUCUUCUCCUACGCUGCACCCGUGUUCACUAACGAAUUCCAGCUCCGUGGCCAAGUGGACAUGCAGGGGCGUAUUCUCUUGGCGCUCAUCAUCCACGGGCAACACCAGCCAUAUAAGGCUUCCUUUCCCAAUGACGGAGCGUGGCAUCACCUAUGUGUUACCUGGCGCAGGAGCAAUGGCCACUGGGCUAUCUAUGUGGACGGGGAGAGGAAAGACAUGGGGUUGGGGUUGGACACUCCCAGGGAUAUCCACAGGGACGGGAUACUCAUCCUGGGUCAGGACCAAGAUUCCUUUGGAGGGAAUUUCACAGAGCCCUUUGUUGGAAAUAUCACCGACCUGAAUGUUUGGAAUAUCUCUUUGGAGGCGAGGCAGUUCCGUGCCCUCAACGCCUGUUCUCCUCUGACCCAGGAGGUUCUCUUCAGCUGGAGCACUGACAGUAUCAGCAGCCAUCCAGUGGUCAAACAACUGCAAGCCAUGAUUUUUUGUCCAGCAGUCCACCAACAGAGGGAGCUGCAGGGCUGCAAGAUGCUGCAGGGCUGGUCCAAGCAACUCCUCCCGCUGUAUGGUCUGACUGGCUGUUCUGAUCCACUGCCAUUCAUCUGCAAGAGCAGCAGAGAACGUUACCUGAAGAUGAAGGAGCUGAGUGAUUCUCAGAGCUCUCGUCCUACUGCUUUUAUGGACCAGGUGAAGAAGCUCUCCAAUAAAACCCAGUCCCAGGUGGUACUGGGGCAGCAGCCAUCAGGUCCAGUGAGCUGGGCUCAGGCAUCCACCCUGCUGGACGUGUCCGUCCAGGCACUGGAGGAAACCCAGCAGGAGGUUCUGCAGCCAGCAGACAUGCUGUCCCUCAUCCAGCUGCUGUCACUGGCUGCAGAUGUCCCUGCCAAGCCACCCCCUGACGCCAACAGCAGCCAAACCAGCGCCCAGGAGCUCAGCCAGCACUUUAUCAGUGUGGCAGACAGCGUCAUCAGCCAGGACAACAUUCUCACAUGGCAGGCCAUCAAAGAGGUGGUGAGCGGUCCCAUGGACGUGGUCAAGAGCAUUGACCGUAUGGUGACAAGCUUGAGCCCUCAGCUGAUGGCAGAGACUGACCACCUGACCAUUCACAGUCCCAACAUCAAGCUGGAGGUGCAGCAGCAAAACUUGAACGAAGGCUCCAGUGCAUCACAAUUCUGUGGGCCUGAGACAGAGAAAGAUAGCAACCUAGACUGUAUUUCAGUCCCACAUCAGAAGAUACAGGAUCUCCAUAACAACGGCUUCCAUAGACUCACGUUGGUCAACACGUGGUAUGGUUCUCUGCGGCCUCUUUUCAAUCCGGAGAACAUCACCGUGGUUCCUACUGUCACUGAUGGCAGCCAGAGGUAUUUGGGCACCAUCCUGGGCUCCUCAGUGAUCUCCACCACGGUCCUAGGAGAUGACCAGCCAAUCAGCAUGGCAGUUCGCUUCCAGCUCCAACACAGAGCCCAGAAUCCCCUUGGCACUGUGCAUGAUCCUGUAUGCGCCUUCUGGGAUUUUGAUCUCACUCCAGAGGCUGGUGGGUGGUGGAAUACCAAGGGUUGUGAGGUAGUGUCCAAACAAUAUGGCUCCACGGUCUGCUACUGCAACCACACCACCAAUUUUGCAUUGCUGCUGCAGGUUUACGAAGUCCAGAGGAGCCCAGAGAAUGAAAAACCUCUGCAGGUGCUGACGUUCAUUGGCUGUGGAGUGUCUCUGUGUGGCCUCCUCUUCACCUUCAUCCUCUUCAUCGCUGUGGGGGUCCCUAAAUCCGACCGUACCACUGUCCAUAAGAAUCUGAUAGUGGCACUGGGGGUUGCUGAGCUGUUGCUGGUGUGCAGUGACUGGGCCUCCGCCAAUGAGGAGGCAUGCCUUGUGGUGACAGCACUGCUCCAUCUCUUCUUCAUGGCCUCCUUCUCUUGGAUGCUGGUGGAAGGCCUGCUACUCUGGAGCAAGGUGGUGUCUGUCAACAUCAGCGAGGACCGCAGGAUGAAAGUCUACUACAUUAUUGGUUGGGGACUACCUGUUCUGAUUGUCGGCAUAACAUUGACAAUAUCAGUGGACAAGUACAAAGCAGACGAUCACUGCUGGCUCAAUGUGAAGACUGAUAUGAUUUGGGCAUUCGUGGGACCUGUUAUAUUUGUCUUAGCGGUCAAUGCAGUAGUUCUGUGUCGGGUUGUCAUGGUGACCGUAUCCAGUGCUCGUCGCCGUGCUAAGAUGCUCAGUCCAAGCUCAGCAUCAAAGAUGCAGACCUUUGACCUGACUUGGGCUGUAACGCGGCCAGUUCUCAUUCUGCUGCCGGUGCUGGGCCUGACCUGGCUGUGUGGAGUGCUGGUCCAUCUGUCCAUAGUGGUCGCCUACGUCUUCAUCGCUCUCAACGCCUUCCAGGGCCUGUAUAUAUUCCUAGUAUAUGCCGUUUACAACAGUGAGGUGAGGAAUGCCAUAAAGAGGAUCAAAGAAAAGAGGAAAGCCUUAUCGUUCACAAACUGUUCCCAGCCAACCAGCUUCCUGCCAUCCCAGAGGGCCCCAGCCACCUCCUGGGGCCACAGUCUACCAACACCCUCCAGUCCGGAGACCAGUGAGACCUCUGGACCCCCCAGCUCCACCUCCACCUCCCUGGUCAUCAAGAAUGAGAGUUUCAGAAAGGAGAGCUUUGUGAGUUUCUCCUUGAAACCAGCAUCAGGAAACCAAGUGGUUCAGCUCACUGGAUUCAAGCCAUCAGGUUGUUGAAGUGCAUAUGGAGUGGAUCCUGAUACUCCGUCACUAUAAACAUGCAACGCACUGAAAGAAAGCAGAACUGGACAUUGAAUAACUUUUCACAAAUACAAACAACAAAGUCAAAUAGCAAAGCUAGUCAUGAAUGCACACACAUCCCACCUGAAGUGCACAGGCACUAUACACCAAUGCUGCUGGGGUGGAGUGACUGGAAGAAGAAGAUGAGGAUGAC